GACUCAUGUUCUCAAUUGGUACCAUCUUGCCUCUUCGGCGUCGCCCGAAUUGCUGAAUUCGCCAGUCUUGGCGUCUCGUGCCAACUGCUCGGCCGGCGCCACCAGCUUGCAGCAGAUGACGUCGAGGAGGGUGGCAACAGUCGAAGGUGGCGAGAGGGAAAAGAGCGCGAGAAGCGCUGGUAUUGGGCAACCUUUGUUGCCCAAAGUCACGACGAAGCUGAGCGGACGAUGCAUGCAAAUGUGGAAGACAACAGAGCGGAGGAGGCCGGCAGCAAUCUUCAGGCCGUUUCAGACAAACCAUGCCAACACAGAGUAGCCAUAGCGAUCUCGUCAACGGAUGGCCAACGUCUGACGACGAGCCGGUGCAGAGUUUGUCCCAUCCAAAGCAACCAAUCCUACCGGAUUGCAAUUAUUUGCCCAUACCAAUUCAUAUUCCCCAUCUUUUCCUCCAUCUACCCCUUUCUCCUUCUCCUCCUCUUGUUCCUUCAAUUCCUCUUCCUACAUUCCCUUCCACUCUCUCUUUCCUUAUCCUUCUCCUCCUACUUCUUUUGCUUGUCCUUCUCUUCAUCUUCGUCCUCUUCACCUUCCUCCACUCCCUCAUCUUUCUCCUCCUCCACUUUUUCCUUUUCUUUGUCCUCUUCCUUCCGCUUCUCCACCUCCUCCUUUUCCUCCUUCUUUUUCUCCUUUCCACUCUCCCCCCGCCCUCUUCUCUUUCCAUUUUUCAACAAUCUCCUUAUUUACCAUUCAGCCGCCAUAUUUUGUGUUGAUAAGGUAAUCUCUCAGCAGUGUCAUGUCAUGGUAACUGCUCUACAUCUUGGGCCAGACAGCAAAUAG